UUCGCCAAUCCCUGAGAUGGGGUGUCAUUUCCUGCCAGGGGCCUUGUCAUGCUGUUGUAGUUGCAACAACGACAUACGACAGGCAGUUGGCCGAUUGCCGGUGGCCGGUGGUAUAAUACGGCGAUGCGUCCUCGUUUCUGGAGGAGGGCUUACUGUCUUGUCCACCACCCACUUCAGUCACUCUUUUCGCUGACAGUACUGUCCAGACCGUCUCUUCCUCUGCUCGAAGACAACUCCACGACGUCUGCAACAAAGCCGCAUUAUUAGUCAAGAUGCGUGCCUCAACAGUUCUCAGUAUCCUCUCUUUCACGGCCCUCGGCCAAGGCAUUCGUAUCCUUCAAGGAAACGAUGACGGCUGGGCUGAGAUGUACGCAAGGACCUUCUUUGAUACCCUUACUGCCGCUGGCAACGAUGUGAUCCUGUCGUGCCCUGCCGAGAACAAGUCCGGCUCUGGCUCAAAGGACGCUGAGCCCGAACCUCGCAAGGAUGCUUGCGAGUACAACAGCUGCCCUGCCGGUUCCGGCCCAGUCGGCUCUGACCCCAACAACAAGAAGCUCAACUGGGUCAACGCAUACCCGGUAACUGGUGUCAGGUACGGCCUGGACACAUUCGCACCACAGAUCUGGAACGGCCAGAAGCCUGAGUUGGUCGUUACCGGUGUCAACGUCGGCAGCAACCGCUACAUCCUCUUCCCCUCGGGCACUGUCGGUGCCGCUGUGUACGCCAUCGAGCAGGGCAUCCCCGCGAUCGCCUUCUCGGGUGACAACGGUGGCGGUGCCCGCUCCUUCGACCCCUCCGGCAAUGCCACCACACCAUCGGCCAAGGUCUACGCCGAGCUUGCCACCAAGCUUGUCACUGAGGUCGUCGCCCAGGGCACUCCUUACCUGCCCGACAACACCUUCCUCAACGUCAACUUCCCCAAGCUGACCGACGCGUGCAACACGGCCGACAAGUUCAAGUUCGUCCUGUCCCGCAUCGCGGUCGGCGUCUUCUCGGCCAGGGAUGCCGAGGUCUGCGGCACCACAAGGCUCCCCAACGAGCUCGAGAUUGGGCUCCGCAAGGACUGCAUCAUCUCGGUCAGCGUUGGCGGCAAGGACAAGACCACCGCCGACGCCGACGUCCAGGCCGUCGUGAACGACAAGCUCAAGAACAUCCUGGAGUGCCUGCCCAAAUAAUCAGUCGGGCCCAGGCUCUUUUCUUGUUUAAUGCUUUUUUGCGUAUCGAAGAUGGAUUCUCUGUACAUAAUUUCUGGCCGGUAUAUACCAUAAUUUUGAGAGAGUUGCUUCCAAACCUACAGUUUUGUCACUAUGCGGUUCUAUCUAUUCUUGAC